CUCUCUCUCUCUCUCUCUCUCUCUCUCUCUCUCUCUCUCUCACUGUUUUCAUCACCCUGUCUUCUUCAUCCCCUUCUCUCCCCCUUUGCCAAUUAUACCAUGAACCUGCCUGCUGCUUGUUGCUAAGGGGGAGCCAUCCGGGGGAGCAGAGUGGACGAGGCAUUAUUUUGUUUCCAAGAGCUGAGUGAAAAUGGCGGAGGGGUCCAGAGACCAGGGAGGAGUGGGCACCACUGAUUCAGAGGAGGACUCCCCCAAUAUGAUCGUCUACAGAAAGAUUGAAGACAUUGUUACAAGAAUACAAGAUGAGAAAGCAGGAGGUGUUGCCAUCCGGACUGUCAAAAGCUUCCUCUCCAAGAUCCCCAGUGUGGUUUCAGGGGCGGACAUUGUUCAGUGGCUGAUGAAAAACCUCUCCAUUGAGGAUCCAGCUGAAGCCAUCCACCUUGGGAGUCUUGUCGCUGCCCAUGGCUACAUCUUCCCCAUCUCUGACCAUGUCCUGACACUUAAAGAUGAUGGAACCCUUUAUCGCUUUCAGUCUCCAUACUUCUGGCCUUCAAACUGUUGGGAGCCUGAGAACACAGACUAUGCCAUUUACCUGUGCAAGCGCACCAUGCAGAAUAAGGCCAGGCUUGAGCUCGCUGACUAUGAGGCUGAAAACCUUGCCCGGCUGCAGAGGGCUUUUGCCCGGAAGUGGGAAUUUAUCUUCAUGCAAGCUGAGGCUCAAGUGAAGAUUGACAGGAAGAAGGACAAGGCAGAUAGAAAGAUCCUGGACAGCCAGGAGAGAGCAUUCUGGGACGUCCAUCGACCAGUGCCGGGCUGUGUCAACACCACAGAGAUGGACAUCCGCAAGUGCCGGAGAGAGAGGAACCCACACAGGGUAAAAAAGUCGGUCUACGGGGUUCCAGAUGAUGGCCAGAGCCAGCCGAGUCCCAUCCACAUCAGCUCCCAGCCGACCAGGAAGGCCACCAGAGAGGACGUUCAGAAGGAGAUUACCUUCUUGAACAUCCAGCUGGACAGACACUGUAUGAAGGUUUCCAAAGUGGCCGACAGUCUGAUGAGCUACACGGAGCAGUUCGUGGAAUAUGACCCCUUCGUGUCGGCCACAGAGCCUUCCAACCCCUGGAUCAGUGAUGACGCUUCCUUCUGGGACUUGGAGGCAAGUCGUGACCCCAGCCAGCAGCGUGUGAAGAAAUGGGGCUUCUCUCUGGAGGAGGCGUUGAAAGAUCCGGCAGGACGAGACCAGUUCCUGAAGUUCCUCGAGUCAGAGUUCAGCUCAGAAAACCUGAGGUUCUGGUUAGCAGUGCAGGAUCUGAAACGGCGGCCACUCCAGGAAGUGUCCUCCAGGGCACAGGAGAUCUGGCAGGAGUUUCUGGCCGAGGGUGCGCCCAGCUCCAUCAACCUGGACUCUCACAGCUUCGAGCGCACCAGCCAGAACCUCAAAGACCCCGGCAGAUACAGCUACGAGGACGCUCAGGAGCACAUAUUCAAGCUCAUGAAAAGUGACAGUUAUGCACGCUUUUUGCGAUCCAACAUCUACCAAGAUCUCCUGUUAGCCAGAAAGAAGCAGCCAGCAGACACUGAACAGGGCCGCCGCACCUCCUUGGAGAAGUUCACCCGCAGUGUGGGCAAGUCAUUGACGGGAAAGCGUCUAACAGGCCUGAUGCAGUCAUCCUGACACAGCCUGUGCUGGAGAGGCACAGCCAGACCCUGUUGGAGGGGUGAGCGCCACACAGGGUCCGCGGCAGGGGCACAGACAGUGGAGCUGGGCUGGACAGGGCUGCUGUGGAUGCUCUCAUACACUGCUCCGAGGACUGCUGCCAUACUGGUAGUGCAGCACUGGGGCCUGCCAGGGUGAACACCCCAAACAGCAUCACUGAGGGAAAGACAUUGCUGAUAAGGGGAACUUUAGCCAACACACCACAUGGCAUGCAGCAUACAGAAUAAGCACAUUCAGAUGAGGGCUGCCCUCUUUUGUUCACUUAGUCAGCAAACUAGUUGUUAGGCUCUUUGUUAACGUUUGUAUUGUUUUCAUUUUAUUUUAUAUACGUGUUUAUUGGAUAUUAUAAGCACAUCUGUGGUGUUGCACCAAUAUUCUUUGAUUACAAACUACAUGUAAAAGCUAUUUGCCACCGUAUUUGCAAUGAAUUGAUUAGUUUUCCUAAACACCUGCGGCCAAGGAGGUCAAAGAGGCACAUCAACACAGACACAAAUCUACAGUAUUUUGUAAAUGUCUCUGUAUACUCAAAAGCAGCAAUAAAUUAAGUGCGACACCACCUUUUUUUUUUGUGGAAAUAUAUCCUUUUUAUAUCCUUAAAAUUUUUAUUAUAUCUGUUCAUUAUAAAGCACAUGGCAUGUCAUUUACAUUGUGUUUUGGUAGUAACCAGGAAUACAACGUUGGUUUUUCCCAGAAUCUACAAUAGAGACUUUUGAAGA